AGAUAGCAAAAACCAUCAGUGGGGUAAUAUAAAAACCUUUACACAGGUUGCCCCUUCUCUUGCACAAUAUGCAUCAUCCUGAAGUCUUACAGUGUGGCUGCAGUCCACAUUAAUGGUUCAUAAUGGAAGGGUAACCUGCUUGAAAAGCUCAUACGAGUGCAUCCUAAAAUAUGAGCAUCAUCUGCCUUGGACAGAAAUGCUUCACCCAAGACUACUAGGAUUUGAAAGCUUGGUGUGUAAGCAUCUGAGCAUCUUAGAAGUUAGAGACCUCUCAAAUUCUCCCUUAAUGCUUGUUCAGCAGUGCUAAAUAACAUUGAUUGGGAUUGAGAGCAGAUAAAUAACAGAAGACAGCUAAAAGGGCUCUUCCCAAAAGAGAUUGCUCUCAGCUAUGAGAGUGUAAAAUGUUCUUCCCUUCCCUAAGUGAGCCACGAGGAUGCUGCUCAAGGGAAAAUGGCUCCACCCAAGGGGUUCUUUAAGAGCAAUUGAGAAAAGGCUCUACACCAGGCUUUUCCUCAGCUGGACCCAGCUUGCCAUCCUGUGGGUGGUACCUUUAGAUGUUAGAUGUAAAGGAAAUAUGAACAAAAAGACAGAUGACUUUUGUUUAUAUGUUAAGGGGUUGCAUGUGACAAGUACUAGAGUCUUGGUAAUGCUUCUGUGUAUCUUGCGUGAAUGUUUCUGAAUGCACAUCUACCUGAAUGUUAUUCUGAAACCAGUACUAUUUAUCAAAUAGCUGUGAGAAAGCCCUCGGAACUUCCUGCUUCAAGAGACCAGAAUAAAGAUGGCAAAGUAUCAUGUAGUUUUCUUCAUCUCUUUGCUCUUCUCAAGCUAGGAAAGGAAGGGUAUACCUUAGAUACCCCAAAUUUGUAUGCAGAUACAAGGUGACAUAGAGGAGACUCUAGAUCUGGUUUAGCUCCUCCGUCUAAGCCUUUGAGAGAAAUUGGGACACCUCUCUGGACUAAAGCAAUGCAGUUUGACUAAAGGACAUACAAGGAUGGAUUGUCUAAGAUAGGAAAAAGAAGAUGACCAGCAGAAAGAAGCCAGUCUUCUAUCAGCCUUCAGAUGAAGAGGGAGAACUCACAGCUCCUCCUGCACCUUGACUGCCUGAUGCUGCCAUGCUCCCACCUUGAUGAUACUGGACUGAACCUCUGAAACUGUACAUCCUGGUUUCUCCAGAAGCCCACCUCUCCACCCUGCACCCAGGAAGGUGAGGGCAGGGCUUUGUGAUGUCAGACUGGCUGGAGGCUGUGCUGACCAAUCAGGGUUGGAGGGCGUGGCCCUGCAUUGUUCAGGAGGGUACAUCAGGAGGGUGCCCAGUGCUCUGGGUCAGACAGCCUUUAAACUUCCCAUCAUGGAGGGUGGCGAAGGUCCCGCUCAACCACCUACAUCGGAAACCACCAGCGGAAAAGACAAGAGUGCUGAUCCACGUGGCAGGAACAAAUGUUCCAACUGCCCUAAUGUCCGAAAGACGUACAAGAGGUCCCGUCGGUCCUCCCAUAGGCGCCACCGCCGCCAUCGUCGGCCCCAGAAUAAGAUCUCUGCCCUGAAGGCCUCGCGGAAUAGAGUGAGACGUGGAGGAGCUGGAGGAGCGCGGAAUCCGGUGCGCCGCUACUGUCUGAUCAACGUCGUGCGUGCUACCAAUAAUCCGGAGACCCAAGAGAGGAGCACGACCACCACCUCCCAAGACUCCACCACCACUGGCCAACAAGCGCACCCAGAGGUCCAGCCAAAUCAAGACCAGGCUGCCUCCCGGGAAGCUCGCUAAGUCGAAAGUUCAGUUGUACCAUGUAUCAUUUGUGGUACACAAAAUAAAUGGUCGUUGUAAACAGA